CAAAGGCGUGUCCUCCUCACACGACCAUGUCCACCUUUUACUAGGAAACAGCACUCUUUUUGCCCGACGACAUUUGGCAUAUCCGAAGAGUCAUCCAUACCCCCCCCCUCCAAUGCUGCCGCCACUACCGCUCACAUGUUACCUCAUCUGGUCUCCUUCCAGAGCAUGCGUCAGACCCCACACACACACACACACUGAGACAGAGCCGAUUUUCAGAAAUAAUGCUCUCCCGGGAAGAGAACAUGGUCAAACCUCAUGCAGAAAAGAAACGUCGCACGGUAGCCAUAAUUUGACUGGGCAGGGACUGGGGGGUACAGGCACCUUGUUCCUCUCUUUCAAUCAAAAAAAUACGCAUCCACUGUGCAGCACACAUCCCAUUAUCCAAUUUAUCUAAUGCGAAAUAAAAAGUGCGCUUCGACCUCGCGCUACAAACACGACCAAUCUCAUCACCUUGCUCCUUAUCCGCUGUUACCAACACAACGCGUUCAUUUGAGUCUAGUUUUGCUACAAGUACACGUUUCAAUAAACGUUCUUGGACGCGUUUUUUUCAUAGGAAGUAAGUGCCAUGCGCCAAAUGAAAGGACAUACGUCAAUUGACAAAUGCAUACAUGCAUAGGAACAAACGGCGCCAAGUUAGACUGGGAUAUAACACAAACAAAUACGCCCAAAUCUCGAAGGCGUGACAAAAAAAAAAAAAGCGAGC